CUCGCUGCUGCAGCUACUGGUGUGUGUGCUCUGUGUUUUGGACUUUGCAGCCAAGGAAAGGAGGAACUUUCUUGUCCUUGCGCUACCCAGGAAGUCGUGGACGCUGGGGAUCAGCAGAGGAUUAGGAGCUGCAGAAAAGGAUUACGAGGGGCGCGAGGGCAGUAAUGGGACCCCCAGUGCUUCCAGACAUUGCUCACUAUACCUGGAGCUCAGCUGAGAGGCUUCCCAGUGGCUGGGGAAGGAGACACAAUUUCCAAUGAGCGUCAGGUGAUUGCACACCCUUCUCCCUGGAUAUGGACUACCGCCCCCUUCCUGACUUCCAUCCCCACCUCAAAGCGUUCCUGUACCGAGGAGAGAGUGGCGAGAUGUGGAUUCCCAGCUCACCUGAGGCCCAGGCUCUGAGCGAGGGCCUGAAGGACAGGCCAUUCCCCAUGCACCACAUUGCCAUGUGCAAGCAGGAGUCACUGACCUUCAUUGAGCUACCCGACCUUUCUAGCGCUAACGGACUGCACGCCCCAACCCUGGAGAGCCAGGGGCCUUGUUUUGGCACAGCCAUCAGCCACUCAGACUCAAGUGGAUGGCCUAGCACUGUGUGUUCAACAGAUAGCUGGAGUUACAGAGGACUGAGGCUCAAUGUGGACCACAACGUGGGACCUGAGGAUGUACCCAUCAUGGAGCCCAGCUGGGUGGACUUACACAGUGUGAGGGACUUGGAGAGGAAUUCAGUCCCUCCUACUAGGACCCCUCCUUCUCCCCUAAGUGGCUGGGAGUCCUGCAAUGCUUCUUUUCCCACUGUUGACAUCAGGCCCAGUCUGGAACUGUGUGCCCUGCAGCGGAGAACCUCACAGGGUUCCGAUCGGGAGAAGUCAGUCCGCAGGAAGAUGAGAGUGUACUUCCCGGAGAGUCUCAGCGACGAGUCUUUGAGCAGCCCGAGUCUGGAGUGUGAGUAUCUCUUUCCUGGGAGCAUCUUCGAAGAGGAGCUGAACACAGACAAAGCCUUCCCGCAGGACACAGUCCUGCCGGAAGGUGGGACAGAGACUAAACCCCCCGCAGACAAGCAGGACACCGUCCUGCCGGGACAGACUCUCGAGGAUAAAUCCUCAUCAGAUGCGGCCUACACGACAGGCUUUUCCGAAGGUGUUUUGGCUGUGGAAACAGCCAAUCAGAGCUCUCGGAGCAGUGAGCAGGAACGCAGGAGGUUCUCUGCCUCGGAACUGAUCAGCCGGUUGCAGCUGUCUCAGAGAAAGAGCUCCUUCUCCCUCAAACUGGGCAAAUCGCUCUCCGCCAGGGUCACGCCAAAGGACAAAGGGGGCCCGCGCAGCCUCAGUCCUGAAGGCAAGCAGAAUGCCAGGGAUCAGAGCUCAGCGAGUUCCACUGACAGUGCUCCUCACAGCCCCCUUGGACCAGGACCUCCACUCCCUGGUGACUGUACCAUGCACGUGCACAAGGGGACCUCAAGACAUAGGAAAUCCUAUCCAGUUCUAUACAUCUAUUCAAGCCUUAUAAAUUCACUGAAGAAUUCCAUAGAAGAGAAUACCUUCACGCCAACUUUCCCCAGCUACAUAAACAGGCUUUCAAAAUUUAUGCCAAAAUCGAUCCUGUACCAGGAAUACAGCGACGUUGCUAUAAACCGUGAGAUUCAGAGGCAGCAGUGGGCAGACGCCAUCAACGAGGAGGAUGAGGACGGGGUGGCCCAGCCCAGCUGCAACAUCUCGCCAGACAACUCCUUCCGCUCGCCGCGCUCCUCGCGAGGCUCCGCCUUCUCUCUGUGGCAGGAUAUCCCUGACGUGCGCUCCAGCGGCAUGCUUGCCACUUUCAGCAACGAAGAACGCAAGCUGCAGGAGGCCAAGUUUGAGCUGGUGACGUCCGAGGCAUCCUACAUACGCAGCCUGUCCAUUGCGGUGGAUCACUUCAUGUGCUCGCGGGAGCUGGCUGACUGUCUGGGAGCCCAGGAACGCCAGUGGCUCUUUUCCAAACUGCCCAAUGUCAAGGCUGUCAGCGAGAGCUUUCUUCAGGACCUGGAGGUGCGACUGGAGGAAGAUAUCCUGCGUUUCGAUGUGUGUGACAUCGUGCUGGCUCACUGCCCUGCCUUCCGCAGAGUCUACCUGCCAUACGUGACCAACCAGGCAUACCAGGAACAGACCUACCAGAGGCUGCUGCAGGAGAAUCCCCGUUUCCCAGGGAUCCUGGCCCGGCUUGAGGAAGACCAGGUCUGCCAGCGACUCCCUCUAACCUCCUUCCUCAUCCUGCCCUUCCAGAGGAUCACACGGCUCAAGAUGCUGGUCGAGAAUAUCUUAAAGAGGACAGCCCCAGGAUCUCGGGAUGAAGACACAGCCACCAAGGCAUUUAAUGAACUGAAAAGGCUUAUCAAGGAGUGUAACUCCAGCGUUCAGUCCAUGAAAAGGACUGAGGAGCUCAUUCACCUCAACAAGAAAAUCCAUUUUGAAGGCAAGAUUUUCCCGCUCAUCUCACAGUCCCGCUGGCUGGUGAAACACGGUGAGCUGGUGGAGGUGGACACACAGACCAUAAGCAUGUCUGGGUCAAAGUUCAAGCUGCGCCCUGUCUACCUGCAUCUCUUCAACGACUGUCUGCUGCUGUCCCGGAAGAAGGAGACCGGAAAAUUUGCGGUGUUUGUGCAUGCGAAGAUCGGGGAGCUGAAAGUGAAGGAUUUGAACGUGAAGCUGCAUGGGAUCUCCGGGUUCAUCUUCCACUUGCAGCUCUGCGAGGAAAGACGGGUCAAGCACCAGAUCCUGCUCAAAGCAGACACGGAGAGUGAGAAGCAGCGGUGGAUUGCAGCCAUGUUCCCCUCGGACCCUGUGAUGAGCAAGGGCCAGAUCAGUGAGAAUGAAGACUUAGCCCAGGUGCAGUGCAUUAAGAGCUACAAAGCCCAGGAGCAUGACGAGCUGACACUGGAGAAGGCAGACAUCCUUCAGGCCAAAACCAGGACCAGUGAUGGUUGGAUCGAGGGGAUCAGGCUUUCGGAUGGGGAGCGGGGCUGGUUCCCCAGGAACUACGUGGAGGAGAUCACAAGCCGCAGCGCUCGGCUUCGCAACUUGAGAGAAAACAACCGCAUCAAGUGUGCCACGCAGAAACUGGAGGAGGAGUACUUGUAGCUCUGCACUACUAGCCACAGCCUGCAGGGGGCGGGGGGCACUGCACACACCAGUAGCCAGGAAUUCUCAGCCCUCAAUGGAUUUUCCUGCCGUUUGUGGAGUGGCGUGUUUACUGCUGGAGUUAGCAAUCAAGUGAUUUACAGCACUUCAGCCGGUGAUUGAUUUUUAUUAGGUGUCCUCAAUGAUUUAUUUCUGCAGUCUCCUUGGGUUCUUUUAAAGGACAGGAACUCGGAACCUUUUCCCACAAGUCAUUCCCUACACCCGGCACGACCGCUUCUCAAUUUGUUUUAAAUGCCUUAUUUAUUUUUUCAUUCCUCAAUAAGGAACGGGUCCUGUACUCUCCAGUUUUUUAUUGUUACGAAGGCAUAUGUGAUUAUUGAAUCCUGACAGAAGGCAUGCAGCUUUGAAGAAAUAAACACAGGCGCAAGAAACCUAAUCAUUAUGAUCAUUAUUAUUAUCAUUAUUAUCAUCGUUAAUGCAUGGUGCAAUAUUCAGACUGAUUAGCUGGAGAUCCAGUGUGUAUCAUUAUUGCCACAGAAGCUAGGCGUGAUUUUUCUUUUACCAUUUCUUCAGGUCCUAGUGGCUACAGCGUUCCACAAUCAUGUUCAGUUUGACACUGAUACCUCCUUUCCAGGGCACAACCGAGCCACUUCGUUCUUCAUAUGUCACUGAAUAAGACUGAAAUGCAACGAAGGGCUGAUUACACAAAGAUGAUAAUAAUGAUUUCAGAGAGAGCUGUAAUUUGGAUCUGAAGAGCAAGAUACUCGGCCUUAGAAGCCGCAACUCAAUGACGAAAAUCAUUAACCUCGCCCAUGCCCUUGCUCAGCUCCGAGCCAGAUUCAGAUGUGUUGUUUCAUAGUUUGGCUUUCACUUUGCUCGACAAACAGCCAGUGGAAAACCACCCCCUACUGUGAGGGCCUCGGAUGUGCCAGUGGAAAAGGGGUACGAGAUAUUAUUCCUUGGUAUCUGUGUACUAAAUGAUCCUAUAGUUUAGUCUUCGGGUGCACUCCACUUCAUCAGAAAGCAGACAUUGUUGAUAUACCAAUAGUUUACAUACUCCAGAGGUAAGAUUCUGUGAGCCAAACAUGUACUGUACUGCAUUCUGUGAGACAUACGUGUGCUUCUAAUGCAGAAACAUUACAAUGGCAAGAUCAGUUCCUUUAAAUAAACACCAAUGUCAUGUUAUGUAAUGGUUUUGCAUGGAACCAAAUAGAAUCAAAAGUAACAGAGUCAAGCAUUCAAUUACCUGAUCUGCAAAAUAAAACCAUUAUUGGAUCAAAUGGAACCACUCAGUAGAGGUUUUCCCUAACCUGUGUUCGCUUGGGAGGCUGCAAUAGAAUAGUAUGCACAAUCAUAUCUUUUGAACGAACAUGUCCUGUUCAGCCCGUUAUGAUUGGAUCUGCUUUUGGGUUAGCAUAAAAAUAAAUCUUAAGAAAAGCAUGUUGUGUUGUCUGAUUACUUAGUAUUUAAUGACAUAAUUUGAGGCUUUUGUCUGAAUUGCACCUGCUGGACAUCACCCUCCCCAUCCUGACAUUGUAUACACAGAAAAGUCAAAAACACCUGAAAAAAAAAACCCUGAUUUAAAAAAAUUGAAUGUAAUUUAUGUAUUAAUUUAUUUAGUUAUUAUCGCAAAUCCGUUACACCCUCACCCCCUCAACACAAGAAAAC